AUGCAAUUCAUGAACAUGGUGAAGCAGCCUAUGGACCACAUCAAGAGACCAAUGAAUGCCUUCAUGGUCUGGUCGCGAGGUCAGAGAAGACAGAUAGCAUUGGAGAAUCCAAAAAUGCACAACUCUGAGAUCAGCAAGAGACUCGGUGCCGAGUGGAAGCUGCUCUCUGAGCCUGAGAAAAGACCAUACAUCGACGAGGCCAAAAGAUUACGCGCCCAACAUAUGAGAGAGCAUCCAGAUUACAAAUAUCGACCAAGACGCAAACCCAAAUGUUUUUUGAGGAAAGAAAGCCUAUUCGCUUUGCCAUAUCUUGGAGACCAAGACUUUCGAGGGAUCUCAUCCGAUGCCCUUUUGGUCCCUACAGAGAAACCACGAGCUCUCCAUUCAGUUGCGCACACUCAACAUCCUUUCGUAGAACUGAGCCGGACUAAUACCAUUGCUUUUGGAAAUGAAAAAUUGCUUCCACACAAUGCUUUAACGUCUGGAUCGGUGUCUUUCGCUCCAGCUUUGGGAUAUCGCAGUGGACAGAGGCCCGUUGCGAGUGUGCCAUGUCCCGGUCAGUAUGCGCACACUCACCUGUCAGGUACAAACCCCGGAUACCUGGUGCCAUGUAACUGUUCGCCAUGGUCUUCUGCCAGCUUGACACCACCAGUUGCCUACAUAGUUUUUCCAGGUACGGCCAAGACUGGAAUAAACUCUGCAGCGCUGGUGAGUCCGUGA